AUGCCACCACAAACACCACCACAACGCAACGAAAUCGUUGAAUGGUACCAGUCCAUUCCUCCCAUUACCAAGGCCAUCUUCACUAUCUCGGUAGCAGCCACUGUCGCACCUGCUCUUGGCUUGAUUGAACCGUAUUAUCUCGUUCUCAGUUGGAAUGCACUCUCCAAACUACAGCUAUGGCGUCUGGUGACAUGUUUCUUUGUCAACAGGCUGGGUCUGGCGUUUGCUAUGAACUUGUUUUUCAUGUAUCGAUACUCUACACAAUUGGAGACAGAGGUUUUUGGUGGUCGAACGGCUGAUUACAUUUACUAUCAUUUGGUUACAGGCGUGUUACAGCUGGCUGCAGCGCGCUUUUUGAACUUGUUCGUAUUGAGUGAUGGAUUUCUCUUGUCAGUGGCCUACUUGUGGUCGCAGCAUUAUCGUGAAGUACCUGUGACAUUCAUGUUUGGCAUCCAAUUCAAGGCAAAGUACUUGCCAUGGGUGUUGGUGGCCUACGAUUUCUUGGUGAAUGGUGCUAUGCCUACCCCAUCUUUGGUUGGUAUUGGAGCAUCACACAUUUACUAUUACUUGACAACGACCUAUCCAAGUCAAGGUGGUCGCCGUUAUUUACAAACCCCAACAUUCUUGCAACGCAUGUUUCCCCCUUCGGUCCAGCAAGGUGGAUUCACUACAGGUGGUGGCAUGUGGCCAGGCCGUCAACAACAACAGCAACAACAAACACGCCAAAAUACCAAUCUCUUUGGUGGUCAUGCUUGGGGUCGUGGUCAGCGCCUUGGUUCAUGA